AUGAACCAGCAAACGUCUUCAACAGCUACCUCGUUUACAUCUGCUUCAUCACGUCAGGCGGCUAAGCGUAGUAGAGCCAACAACAGCGCGGUUAGGUCGAAAAGGUUACGUAAGCAAUUGACGGAUACUCGUGAUUACACCGAGAUCGAUUCCGCAUUGGAGCGGGGAGCCGUUUGGUUUUACCGGAAGAACGUGGAAAAUUUCACGAGCUAUCGAGAUUUUCUGCGCGCCGUUAAAGCAGAGCUGGUGGCCAGACUCGCUGAAAUCGUAGGUAACCGUCCGAUCAAGUAUAAUCUCAAAUUGGAGGCCUCAUACCAUAUACCGCGAUCAGAAGCACCGUCCGAAGACCGUGUCUUCAAGACAUGGGCUAGGGCAUUGCUAUCCGAUACGGAUAUCGGGUGUGCGGUUGAUGAAGAUUUUGAGGUUAUGUUUGCCGAGGAAGACGCGUACUCGGAAACGGAACUACCACCUCAGGACGCUUUCUAUAGUCAGUUGAGUGAGUCUAAUAUUGAUGACGAUGACUAUAGACAUGCCACGGAGGUGUGGAACUGUUUCGACUGCUCAACCCUCGGUGAAAACAGUGACCUAUAUCUUAAGAUCGACGUGUUGUUGUUGGCUGAUGUGUUUGAGAACUUCCGCGACAUCUGUAUUUCAACAUACAAUUUGGACCCGGCGCACUAUUACACCGCGCCUGGUUUUAGCUUCGAUUGUAUGUUGAAAUACACCAGGAUGAAGCUGGAGCUCUUGAACGACUACGACAUGCUACUGAUGGUGGAACAGGGCAUUCGUGGUGGGCUAGUGCAGGCCGUCAAGCACUAUGCAAAGGCCAACAAUUCUAAGACACCCGAUUACGAUCCGUCAAAACCAGAAUCAUGGAUCGUGUACCAAGACUGCAAUAACCUUUACGGCUGGGCUAUGAGUCAGCCCAUGCUGUACAGUGGCUUCCGGUGGUAUAAAGGAGCAGACUCUCUGGCUGACCUCCAAUCGUUGUCGGACACUGGUAAUACGGGGCGUAUAUAUGAAGUGGAUGUAUCGUAUCCACAAGAGCUGCAUGACGAGCACAACGACUUGCCGUUCUUGCCUGUCAACGAUGUACCGCCGGGUUCCAAAGAGACCAAACUCAUGGCCACUUUGAAACCCAAACAGCGGUACGUCGUACAUUACGUUAAUCUUAAACAGGCGAUCGCACACGGACUGCAAGUCGAUAAAGUGCACCGCGUUUUAGAGUUUCAACAAAGUGCUUGGUUGAAACCAUACAUUGAGUUGAACACUGAAAUGCGGAAAAAGGCGGCAAAUGCUUUUGAAAUUGCAUUUUUCAAACUAAUGAACAAUGCCGUCUUUGUUUUAAAUACUUGUCGUUUUACGACGGAUAGCUACUACUAA